ACUCCUCUACUUCCUCCCCUUCUUUAAAGGAUGUGCCAAAAUAAGCAGCUAUGGGCCAGACGAUGAACACCUUUUCCACUGGUUGAUAGCAGUGGCUCACACAGCUCUGAAGAACCCUAAGAAGCAGCCUGGAGGGGAACGCUCAGUAGAACCACCAUGGACACCGUUAAGAUAGCCUUACUCAUCUUCCUUCUAACCUCGCUCCAGCUCCUCACAACAGAAACUACGACACCCGUCACGACUGUUCCUCUUUCCACUGUCAAGAACCUUGGUGCAAAUGUUACUGCAACCAGCGUUACUGCAACCAGCGUUACUGCAACCAGCGUUACUGCAACCAGUGUGACCCCAACCAAGAAUUCUCCCUGGAAUUCUACCACAGCGCUUGCUACAUCAACAGUAACAGAAAAUACAAAAAUGUCAUCCUCACCCCAAGUCCCAGUGAAUUCCGCAUCUCCAUAUACUAAGGAUAUUGGAACACAAGGGACCCAGGCCCCAACAACUGUUACCAAGAGUGACUCACUAAACACAACCACCAUUUCAGGUUCAGAGGAUGAAAAUACAGGUCAAGAUAGAGUCAUGGACAAUAAGAAUACGGAUCAAGAUGUCGGUCAACAGGCUGGAGAUAAGAACCUGCUGUGGAUUCUUUUGCCAGUCCUGGUACUUGUGGGGGCUGUUGUCGUGGUACUUCUGAAAAGUAAAUGCAUGAAGGACCACGAUCACACAGAGAUAACUGAUAAUGGAACAGAAAAUGCCUCUUUCCAGAGCAGGCCGGACAAUGCCAAAGAUGGUGUCAUGCUUCUCGGGGUGAAGUCUUCAGGCGGUGAAGACAAUGCUGCUGCAAGAUAAAAGGGAGGCCAUCCCAUUCGAAAGGACCAAUGGAUGAGGACAAGCUCUUACAACCAAAAAAUGGUCCAGAUCCCUUCACCUUCAACGACCUAAACCUCAUGGACUAUCAAAUACAGCGUCACAGAAUCACAAAAUUUACUAAAGUGGGAACAUUUGUAUAUGGUUUGUGAGUAUUGUAGGAUAUGGGGUUCCUAACUGAACAUGUGUCUGUUAGAUGGUAUAGCAUGUUUUAUUAUGUACUUCAUUGUUUUGUGUAUUCCUAUUUUGAUGGUAAUUUAGUCAAGAAGGAAAUGUGAUUUUAAUUUAAUCAAGACCAACAUACAGACAUUUUAGUCAGGAAAACGAUGCUGGAUUCUGAAUUAACAUGAAUAAAUUAACCCAAAUUCUCAUUGUCUGAGUAUAAGAUGAUUGUCUCACCCCUGUAUUCAAGAUACUGGUUUUGAUUUGAUUAAAUCACCCAAACAUGCAUGAAAUCCAAAUGUACUGAACCUGAAUUCAACACACAAUUCAUCUAUUUAAACCAGUUAGUGACCAGUACACAUGGUUAACAAGUGUUUGUAUGCUUUAAAUCUGUUUAAAAUAAAUAUUUAGUUUUCAGUGUAAAUGCCAGGAUUGUAAAGAUGAGCUUUUUUACCAGUAUGUUUCCUGCUUUUGAACAAGUUAUUUUGUAUAUUAGCUGUUGCUUGUCAGCAAACCUUUGUCAAAUGUUUCCCAAGGAGGGUUGGGUUUGUUUAAAUCACAGAUGUAUGUUUCCCAAGGAGGGUUGGGUUUGUUUAAAUCACAGAUGUAUGUUUCCCAAGGAGGGUUGGGUUUGUUUGAAUCACAGAUGUAUGUUUCCCAAGGAGGGUUGGGUUUGUUUAAAUCACAGAUGUACGUUUCCCAAGGAGGGUUGGGUUUGUUUGAAUCACAGAUGUAUGUUUUACAACAUUUGGGGUUAAAGCAAAUAAACUAACUGUGUUUAUUUUUUGUAACGGAGCAAAUCCAUAAGAUUUCCCUCUGGUCAAAGAUUAUUUGAAUUUCUCAAAUACAGAACAGCGCUGUUUUACUGAUCGGCAUUGGUUGAAUAUUUGUUGUUUUGCACCUGUACAUGCUAACAUAACAUUGGCGCCAUUAUACAAUGAAUAAAGUUCAUGUUGAUUUUG